AUGUCAAACAACGAAACAAGCUCGGUGAAUGGGAGGGCUGAUGUGUCCGAGCUGCAAGUGCACAGCCCGAGAUCGAAGUUGGAGGUUGGAAGCGAAGUUGUUGGACUUACCCCAACAAAGCCAGAAGGGAGGAGGAGGAGAGGAGGGAGAACCCCCAAGGCAGCGACAAACGAGCACCCUUUCCAGUUCUCGACGCCUGUGCACACGCAGGGGUUUGAUUCUCCUGCUCAUACGACAGUGGGCGAGCAGAAGAAUCGUUACUUUGAGGAAGAGCCAACUGAGAAUCCGACCAAGACGCCUUUCCCUUCUUCGGCAUUGAAGUAUGAGGAUAACCAGGGGAAAGAAACCGUUGCCCAUCCAGGUGACACGAAAAAAGCGGAGCCUCCAUCAUCCCCAUCCGGCCCUGCUGUCAAGGCACGCUAUCCCUCUGUUUGGAUCAAAGUGCUUCUCCUCACGUCAUUUGUUGUCAUGCUUUUAUUCUUUGUUGGCGGGAUUGUGGGCGGAUCGACGCACUCGAGUAACUCAGAGGCAAAUGCGACGUCAACGAAUCGUAUGUUCUCUUCAGGGCAAUCAAGCUCAGGAUACUUCAGUGCGGGCACGGUCAGUACAGGUGUUUUUACUUGCGGAUCUUCAGUUAGCUUUGGAAUCUUCUCCAUUGGUCUUGUGUCCACGGGAUUCGUCAGCUUUGGCUUCUUUUCCGCCGGUUUUAUCUCAUUUGGAGUCUUCUCGCUCGGCUUCAUAACGGCGGGGCAUAUUGUGCUUGGAUUGUGGGCGUGGGGAACAUACUCCUUCUACAGCAGGGGAGGUUACUCUUUCCGGGAUGUCCAGUCCAGGCAACGCACGCUGGAUCCGAUGGCAUCGAGUGAAAAGCAAGAUUUGUCUAAUUGCAACAUGCGCUCGACGGUGACAGAAUCAGAAUCCACUGUGGUGGAGCACUAA